AUGAGUCGAUCGAAUAUUCAUCUUCUGGAUCUGCCUAAUGAAGUAUUAUUUAUCAUUUUGAGAAAAUUGACUAAUAUUGAUGUUCUUUAUUCAUUAUUGGAUAUUAAUAAUGGACGACUUAACAUUCUUGCACAAGACAAGAUCUUCACUAAUAUUCUCAAUUUCGUAGAUAUUGAUAAUAUUUCUUUAAUUGAUCGAUUCUGCAUCGAUAUAUUACCAAGAAUUCAUCAUAAUGUCAAAUAUAUCAUUCUUGAACCAAUUUUGAUGGAACAUAUUCUUCUUGCCACCGUCUAUCCAAAUCUAACUGAACUUAAAAUCUUCAAUUUUGAACAACAAAUCGCUUUAAAAUAUUUUACAGAUGAAUCAUCACUUCGAUCUAUUUUUCGACAACAAAUUACAAACCUGAUUCUUGUGAAUAAUGAUACAAACGAAAGCAUAAGUUCAUUGAAGGAUUAUACAAAAAAUGUAUAUGCGAACAUCUUGAAUUUCUUCAAAAAUUUAAAACAUCUGACUAUUAUUGGACCAUAUGUUCCAGGUUUAUCACUUUGCAAUUUACCGUCGACUACUUUUUACUCUUCAAAUCUUACUCAUUUAUGUAUCAAUAUGGCAACUUUUGAUGAUUGUCUUUAUUUACUUGAUGGUAGACUCAAGCGAUUGACCACAUUUAAUGUUACUGUUUAUUCUAUAAACAACUCUUCAACGAUUGUUCAUAACAUGGACAAGUUACCUAAUCUGAAAUGUUUCUCAUUAGAAACUUUAUUUCGAUUUCAACAAUAUGAUCAAAUAUUAUCUCUUCUUCGUCGUAUGUCUUAUCUAGAAAGUUUAGCUUUAUAUGUUUGUGUAAAAGGUCGAAAUAGAAUCAUCGAUGGCUCUUGUGUUCAAAAUGAUAUUCUUGUUCAUAUGCCACAACUUCAUUCAUUCACUUUCUAUAUUAAUACUUCUAUUGACACUCGUGAUUUAUCUUAUAAUUUAUCUCGUGAAAACGUCCAACAAACAUUGGUAAAUAUCGGACAACAAAAUGCGACUAGUAUCAUCAAUUAUCAUACUACAUACGCAGUUGCAUGUUCAAUUUUCUCACUGCCUUUUGUAUUUGAUUAUCUUGAGAAUGUUGGCAAUAUAUUUCCAAAUAUUGUAUUCAGUUAUGUUAAAUGUUUACUUGUUCAAGAUAAUGAUGCAUUCAGACAUGAAUUCUUCGUUCGAAUCGCCCAAUCGUUUCCAUUACUGGAAUAUUUACGUAUUUUCAAUAUCGAAUCACAAUUAUUAGUUGAUCCUCUUACAUUAUCAUCUGAUCAUAGUCAAUCAUAUUUAAUGGUUGAAUAUCUGCAUCUUACUUCACUUGAUGUGGGCUAUAGCCAUAAAGAUUAUCUUGAACAAUUUCUAAAUGAGACAAAGGCAUAUGUACCUUAUCUAACCCAAUUGACAGUGUGUCAUCGUCACUUAAAAAUUGUGACAAAAAACUUUACAAGAGAAACAACACGACGCAAUUGUGCUAAGGUAAAGCGAUUAAAUAUUAUUUCACCAUUGGAUAAUUCCGAAGAUCACUCUCAUUAUUUUCCUUCGUUAUAA